GGAGGAAAUAAAAAUCAAGUCCACGAUGGUUUUUGUCGAUCCAUACGAAGAGGCAGAUGCCCAGGUGGCCAAAGAAAGGGAGAAGGCCCAGCAGGAAGAGGAGGCAAUGAAGGCCAAAAGCAAAGACAUCCCAAAGAAGGAGCCUCCCACACCAAAAACCUACCGCACAGGAGUUGGGAAAUACAUCAAUAUAGCAGCGGCGAAGCGAGCCGCAGAAGACGGGCCGUCCACCAGCAUGGUCAGCAAGAAGGAGAAGAAAACUGCCGGCUUUGGAGAUUUCAGCUCCUGGUAGCCCACGGCGGGGGGGGACCAGCUUUGUGCCUCUACUGCCGUCACACCCACAACCAAUGACUCUUUACCCUAAUCUUUCCCUUAAUAAAGUUCCCCUGGCAGACCUUUGUCGGUCGUCCAGGGCUUUGGCCAAAGACAAGUCUUCUC